AAAGAGGCACGCAGGAGCACCCAUGCCUUUCUGAUUAGAUGCAUGCAGUAGGCAUUAGGUCCCCUUCAAAGAUCCUUGGGCCGUGCGGAGCAGCUCCGUGUUGUCAUAGGGGGAAAAAUGAAGAAUCAAACUCUUUUUCUUGGAGCCAGGCUUCUUCCCCCUGGCUCCCCCCUCCCAUAUUUGUAUAUAUUAUUUCGAGAGGAGGGUCAGGCUUGGUUUGUUCAUAAACUGCAGUUCCUGGGCGGACCCCACACACAGCUGGGCUUUAGCAGCUGGAUCCGCCUUCCCGGCAAGCCGAGUUGGGAGCCUCGCAAAGCCGGGGCUCCGGGCUUGACAGCAGAGUCGCAGGAGGCUGGCUGCACCGAGGGAAGAUGAACUGGCCAACGCCGUGAAGCCGGGCUUCUGGUCACUGGUGGGAUCCAGAAAAUGGGUUACUGGAGGAGACCGGGUCUGCUUUCCUUACUGCUGCUCUCCUUCUCCUGCAGUGCCGGCGCCCGCCGCAGCCUCAAGACCAACCUGUGCAAGUGGUGCGACUCCACACCGCCCGCCUGCGAGGAGAAGGUGUGCUACAGCAACUGCAACCUCAAUUCUUACUGCGAGGACCCCUACGAGAUCUGCGUGGCCAUAUGGAGACAGGACAACGAGAGCAUCAGGAUCAGCACACUCUGCCACAACCCCCAUCGCCCCAUUGAAAACCUCAUGGUCCCCAACUACAACACCUCGCGCUGCAUCAUGACCCACCAGCCCAGCGAGGACGGGAUCAUCUACAUCUGUGGCUGCGUGGAUGAGCAGGAGUGCAACGAUAAACUCAUCUUUGAAAACCACACGAACGGCUACUCCAUGCUGCAGAGCAAAGAGGUCAUCCCGGUGGCCGCCAUCAGCCUCCUGCCCCCGCUGCUGGUGGCCGUGAUGAUCACUGUGAUCUUCUACCUCUGCCGCACGCAGAAGCGACGCAAGAGAGCCAAGGCGUGGGGAGGGAAACCGAGGCAGCCCCCGGCACUGCCGGAGCCGGGGAGGUCCGCUGAGAAGGAGGAAAAGUUGUCCGUGCUGAUGGACGAGAGCCCGGCCGCCACCAGCCCCGUCUGUGCCAGCAACCGCCCCGCCGAGCUGCUCCCCAUCGAGCUGGACGAGAUGGUGGGCAAAGGGCAGUUUGCGGAGGUGUGGAGGGCCAAGCUGAGCCACAGCCGCUCGGGGCAGUACGAGACGGUGGCUGUGAAGAUCUUCCCCUGCGAGGAGUACUCCUCCUGGAAGAACGAGAGCCAGAUCUUCACCGACGCCAGCCUGAAGCACGACAGCGUCCUGCGGUUCCUCACCGCCGAGGACCGGGGCACGGGGCCCCGCCGGGAGUACUGGCUCAUCACCGCCUACCACAGCCGGGGCAACCUCAAGGACUACCUCUCCCGCCAUGUCCUGAGCUGGAUGGACCUGCAGAAGAUGGCAGGCUCCCUGGUGAGCGGGGUGGCCCACCUCCACAGUGACUACACUGCCUGCGGCAGGCCAAAAAUCCCCAUCGCCCACCGGGACAUCAAAAGCACCAACGUCCUGGUGAAGAACGAGCAGGAGUGCGUGCUCUGUGACUUCGGCAUUGCCAUACGCCUCGACCCUUCCCUGACAGUGGACGACUUUGCCAACAGCGGUCAGGUGGGCACUGCCAGGUACAUGGCCCCAGAGGUCCUGGAGUCUAGGGUGAACCUGGAAGACCUGGAGUCUUUCAAGCAGAUGGAUGUCUACUCCAUGGCCCUCGUUUUGUGGGAAAUGGCCUCCAGAUGUGAAGUGGUAGGAGAGGUAAAGAAUUACGAGCUGCCCUUUGGGUCAAAAGUCCAGGAGCAGCCCUGCGUGGACACCAUGAGGGACAUCGUGCUGCACGGCAGAGGACGCCCCGAGAUCCCGAGCAGCUGGCUGGUGCAUCAGGGGAUGCGCUUUCUGUGCGACACCAUCACGGAGUGCUGGGACCACGACCCCGAGGCCCGGCUCACCGCCCACUGCGUGGCCGAGCGCUUCAACCUGAUGGCGCAGAUGGAUUGUGACGACAUCCUCAACAACAACAUGGACAACGAGGCCAGCAAAACAGCUUCUCCCGGCGGGGAGCACCAGGACAGUGACGGGAGCAGAAAUACGCAGUGACACAGCAGGCAAAAAGCCUCAUCGUGAGAAACGAGAGGAUAAGCGAGAAGCAUUUAGCUCAUGGGGAAAAUAAAACCCUCGCUCCAUUUUUUAGAAUGAAACUAAGAUCUAGCACAUAACUUAUAUAAAUAAGGUCUGUUUUCUCCCACAGAUACAGUGAACUGUGGAAUCAAUACUUUGGUUAAAGUGCAACAUUAUAUAUGAACUGAUUUUGUACUUACUUUAAAUGUAUAAUGAUGCAAAGCAUCCCUUUUAUUAUUUUUUAAAAUAAUAAUGUUUAAUCUUUUAUUAAUAAGUAUCUGAAUUCCAUGUCUAUCUUUCGAAGUCCUUCCAUAUUACUAUCACAAGUUUCUCUUCUAACUGCUUAUUUCGCAGAGAUCAGGACAACUUUUUGUUUUCCUUUUUUAAUGGCCUCCACACAGACAAAAAUCCAUUGUAGCAGCAGAAAAAAAUAACCUUGAGAUGUAACACACUGUUAGUGGAAGAAAUGUUAGCACCCGAGAAAACUAUUCAUUGAUCAGACAGUCCCCAAUACAUUGUAAAGAUACCCGAUAAUCCAGUUUGGAAAAGUCUGAUUUGCUGCAACUCCAACACACCUUUUUUCACUGGGAAAUUCCUGGGUGCACUUGACAGUUCAGGUGGGUGCAUGACGUUUCUUCAUUAGAAAAGGAAGUUGCCCAUGCAGAUGCUGCUGUUUCACCCUAAGAAGUCUCCACAUGGGGUACACAGACAACUCUGUCCCCACGUCAGCCCAGGUUCCUGUCACCUCUAGGUGAUGCAUUUGUGCCACAGUAAUACCGUCAACACAAACGUGUUGGCUCAUUCUUCUUGCAACUCUUUCCCACUUGUCUGCUGCUACUCGACCUGAGGAAACGUGAUCAGGCAGAACCAGGGACCUUUGCUCCCAUCACCACCAGACCAAGCCAGGCUGCCUGGGCAGCAGAAAGGCAAGUUACACCUCACCCUGAACCCUCGACACUGUGCAGACCUUAACCCCUCCACCCGUGGGAGCAAAAGGUAACAAAAACCCUUUGCUGUCUAAGGUUUUCCUGACGCUCCCCCACGCAGAGGUGUGUUUUCAGGACAGCUGGGAGGAACACGUUGCUCGCCAGCACACGGCUGCAAGGGUCAGCCCCUACAAGAGGGAAGGGAGAAAACCACACAACAGCCUCGAGCUUUCCGCAGCCGAGGCUCUAUUGCUCCCACCUUUUGGACUGUUUCUACAGCUAAAUUAAAAGCCUAGAAUAAAAUUGUCUCUAAUCCCUUUGGAGAAGGACAGAAGGGGAAUGAAUUAGGUUGCAUCCAAUCUAAAUAAUAAAAACUAACUUCAGCUACCAA